GAUCUUCACGGAGCAAUCCUACGUGCGGCUGGCCAUCUAUCAGCGAAGGAAACUUGUGAUCUGCAAGAUGGACAAAUCGAGAGGCUUGUCGAAGCUAUCAACAGCAAGGUGCUAUCAGCGAAGAACGGCACAGACUCUGCCCUUCUUAUGGAAGCAAGUUUAGCUUGCUUGAGUGUUCUCUCAUCAAAAUGCUCUUUUGUUUUGGACCAAGAUACUCGCCUCAAACUCAUCCGCGUCACAGAUGCCCGAGAUUCUUGGACUACAUUGAUCUCUGCAACUACUGCGACAGAACUUCUUGCCCGACAACUGACGGAGGAGGAAUUGUCGGAUUUCAUCGUCGGGCCAGUCCUUCAGAAGACCUUGAGGCCUCUAUUUUCGAGACACUCUUCCAGGAUCACGGCUUCAGGGCGGCCGUCCCAGUACUCCACAGCCGGAGAUCGAUCUCGAAUGUUUGAAGAAGUCCCAACAUGGAAAGACGAGGCACCGUGGGCCGAGACUGCGAUACAAUGGGCUGUGAAUAUGUCUACGCCUGCUCUCAUUCAACAACACUGGCCAUUGUUCACACCCGUCCUUCUAGCCCUCGUAGAGAACGAGUCGAUAGAUGUCAAGUCAAGAGGGCUAGAGAUUCUGGCUUCUUUCGUGGCCAAAUGCCCAGGCCAAGUGCUUCAGAAUACAGGAAUCGGCCGAGUUUUUGAGGAUGCCACAUUCCCGAUGCUUCUUUACCUCCCUAGUGUCACACCCGAAGAGCAGUCCACAGCAGUCCUCAGCCCGGCCUACGAUGUACUCACCACACUGGCCAAGUCUUCAGAGGGGUUUGAAAACCCUGAACGUCGUCGACUACUCGACAAAGCCCUCAGAAAUGGCAUCUUCGCCGGACACUUCCAUGCCUCUCAAUACUCACGGAUUGUUCAAGUUCUGAUGCAGAAAACAGCGUCUGUAGUCAAUUGCUUGGGUAUCUAUUCAAUCAAACACCUAAAGGUAAGGCGCCUGUACAAGAUCAAGAAAACGCCACCGGAUCGCACUAACUUAAACAAAGCACCUCCUUUCAAUGAUCUCGUCGAUCAUGACAGAUCCUUUCGCGACCGCGCAUCCUCCCACUGUUGUCGCUGCGAUACAAGCAUUAAACGCCAUUAUUGCCAAUUGCUGGCCUCGAAUUCAACAAACUGA